AUGACUGGCCUCUUCGUGGACUCCCAGAUCUCCAGCCAGGGCUCCGAGGGAGACAAUGACACCCACCGGGGCACCUACCUGGCGUCGUUCUCCGCGUGCACCACCCAGGUGGCCCAUCUAGCCGACGUGUUCUCGGCCAUCACCACCUUGAACCCGCAGGCGUUGAUGAUCAUCAAGCCGUCGGGAAUCGUGGUCUACUCCGAGUACAACCAUGUCAGCAACGUCCAGCUCAACGUCGACCCGUCACUCUUCUCGCUGUUCAGUUUUCUUGUACGUGACGCCAACGACGUGGUGAUUCUGUCGCAAGAAGACCUCGACGUGCCCACCGAGCUCCGCUUGGGGGUCGACGUGUCGUUGAUCAGCGACGCCUUCGCGUCGGUGGCUGCCUCCUCCCCGUCCACCAAGCUGAAGAACCCCAACAACCCCGCCAACAACCACUCAGACCCGGUCACCUGCUACUUCACCUACAAUGGCGAAGGACAUCCGCUAGUGAUCGAGUUCGAAGACAACUUGAUGAGCGAGAAAAUCGAGUUUCUCACCUUCUACACCGACUUUGCAUACCCCUACGACUCGUUAGGAGACUCCGAGCACGAGGAACUCGUCAUCAACCACAACCAGAUCCAAUCGGAAUUGAUCUUGAAAAGUGACGUGUUUUCCAACCUUUUGGCCGAUUUGCACCAGAUCAACACGGUAGAGCUCUACAUCUACCUCUCCAACGAAGCCAGAGGACUCGGAAAGUCCAAGAACUCCAAGAUUAGGUUCACAGACUCCCAGUUGAAUUUCAUAUCCAGGGGCCCCAUUGGACACCUGAAGUUGAUUUACCCCAGUGAAAGAACCAUUCUCGAGAAACUCGUGCUAUACGGUAAGGACCCGACAAAGAAGUAUAAUAUGGUGCCCGUCAAUACCUCACUAAUUUCGUGCUAUAAUUUUGCCAACUUUAUCAAAAUCUUCCGGGCUGUUAAGCUCUCCUCAAAAUGCAAAAUCUUAAAAGACUUGAAUGGAGUGUUGUCCAUUCAGUUGUUAUGCAAAAACAACAUCUUGCCCACGUAUGCCGGCACUUUGAUCACAUUCCACCACCUCGAAGUGUCAAGCUAUUUGGAUGAAGACUUCCAGAAAGACCAGGUGGAAACGGCAAGAAACUUUAACAGUAUUUUUGAUGAUGAAAAUUAUGAAUAUGCCACUGACGCGAAUGCCAAAGAAAUAGCCAUUGAAGAAUACCAAGAAUUGGACAUGGAGGCAGAAAAAACCCGUUUGACUUACGCUUCCUUCAUGAACCAACCUAAUAGCAAUUCUAAUGGGGGGAAAAUGGCCGACAAUAAUCGUGGCCAAGAAGGGUUACAGAAAAAGCGAAAAAGGGAAGACAAACUGGAUGACAACGGAAAAGGGAUUCACACUGUGGGCGGUGCAGUUGAGGUACCGUUGUUUCUAUAA